AUGAGCCUGGUGGAAAGCUGUAGCAACCCUGCGAAGACCAGAGACCACCGUGCCGGAAGGUCCAGUACCCUUGGCGUCCACGUGGAGACACCGGUUAAGAGUUUGUCGUCACCGCAGCAGAGGGGAGUUCCUGAGGCCCGCCAGCCCCAGGCCCCAUUCGAAGUUCCACCCCUCCUUCGGGACGCCCCCUCCCUGUGCCCCUCCUCCGAGAUGCCUCACCACCGUGCACUCUCCUCCAGGAUGCCCCCUCCCCCACCUCCGCGCGCCCCUCCUCCAGGACGCCCCACCGACCUGGUGCACCUGCCAGACCAGAUCUAUGCUUCAGCGCAAGCUGCACCGCCCAGAUGCGGCCCACCUGGGGCGAAUACCACCAGCCUCCUGGGCUGCCCAUUCCUGGGGACCACAGAGUGCGUCGUCCUCACACUGAUGGCCUUUGACCGCUACGUGGCCGUCCGCUGGCCCCUGCACCAUGACCCCUGCCUGAGCCAGCAGCUGGCAGCCACCACCUGGGCCACUGGCCUGGUGGAGUCAGCGGUCCUGACACCACCCCCUCUCCGUCUGCUCUUGUGUCCCCACCGGCAGGUGGGUGAUUUUUUGUGUGAGGUCCCGGCUCUGAUUGCACUGUCCCGCGGAAACGCCACUUACGGUGAGAUGCAGGUGGCUGUCGUGGUCCCUCACGGCCCCUGCCCGAGCAGUGCUCAGGUCAAGUCUGCCACAGGGUGGAAGAAGGCGUUCCGGAUGCACCCCUCCCACCUCGCGGUGGUCACCCUUUACGACUCAGUCAUUACUGUCUAUCUGCAGCCCCCAAAUCCCGACGUUCAGCAAAGGGGCAAGUUGUCCAGUCUCUGCUAUGCGGCAGGCACUCCAGCACUUAACAACCCUCUUGUUCACACCCUGAGGAACAGAGGGGUAAAGGGGACACUUGGGAUGCUGCUUGGGAGGCACAGGGACCCAAGGGAGUGCUGA